AUGUAUAUUGAAGCGUCUAAAAUACUAGCUGUAAUCCCUAGUCCUUCAAUCAGCCAUCAAGUGGUGUUUCGUCCUUUAAUUCUAGAAUUAGUAGCGCGUGGUCAUGAAGUUGUUGUUAUCACCCCAAAUCCUAUGUACCCAACAGGAGGAGGUCCUGCGAACCUAACAGAAAUCGAUGUUGGUCAACGUAAUCAAACACUUACUAAUUCUAAAAAGGGAAAACCUUCUAUAGUAAAUACAUACGCUGAUAUUAGAAUUAGUACAACAUACGCGAUAACAUUAUUCACUGAUGCAUUUUUUAAACAAUUAAAUGUAGACGGCGUGAAAAAGCUAAUUGAAGAUAAAGAUGUUAAGUUUGAUUUGCUGAUAGUUGAAGCAUGGUUUAGACCAACGUUGGCGUUUACUCAUAAGUUUAAAGCACCUGUAAUAAGAAUUGGUUCUGCGGGAUGUUUCUUUUCAGAAUAUCAGGUCACUGUUGGCUUUGGACAUCCUUUAUAUCACCCGUCAAAUUUGUGUUCGCAGUGUGCAAAUUUAGAAAAUCUUUCAGUCAUGGAGAAGAUUUAUGAAGUUUAUAAUCAAUUUGUCAUAAAUAAUUUUUUUGAUUCGAGAGUAGAAGUGGAAAAUGAAGUAAUGAGGAGAUAUUUCGGUGCUGAUAUGCCAAGUUUGGAUGAUUUAAGUGAUAAUGUAGACCUGCUUAUAAAUAACAUACAUCACAUUUGGGAAUUCAAUCGUCCAACAUCUUUGAACGUAGUUCAUGUUGGUGGUAUACAUCUCAAGAGUGAAUGCACGUUGCCAGAGAACUUAAAACAAUAUUUGGAUUCCUCCAAUAAUGGAGUGGUGUACAUCAGCUUCGGUACAAAUGUACUUACAUCAGGAUUUAGUUCACAAAUAUUGGACGCAAUGGUUAGCGUCGCAUCUAAGCUGCCACUCGACGUGUUAUGGAAAUGGGAUGAUGAUGAAAUGCCCGGACGACCUAGAAACAUCAAGAUAUCGAAGUGGCUACCACAGGAAUGUCUCUUAAAACAUCCGAAAAUCAAGUUGUUCAUAACCCAAGGGGGGUUGCAGUCUACGGAGGAGGCCAUAGUUGCAGGCGUACCCCUUGUUGGUAUCCCCUUGAAAGUAGAUCAAUUUGGAAACGUAGAAAAUUACGUGCGUCACAAAAUUGGAGUAAAACUUUUACUGCACAAUUUUAGUGAAGAAACUUUCCGAGAUGCAAUUUAUACAGUAUUAAAUGAUAAUAGCUACCGCCAGAACGUGGAACGUUUGCGCACGCUGAUCGAGCUGGAUGGCGGUCGGAGUGCGGCGCGUGCUGCGCGGUGGGUGGAGCACGUGGCGCGGCACGGAGGCUCGCACCUGCACGCGCCCGCCGCCCGCCUGCACGCCGCAGUCUACCACCACCUCCAGCUGUUGGCGGAGCUCGCUGCCGCCGCACUGUUCGCCUGCUUUAUUGCCUAUACAGUCUUGAAGAUCCUCUUUAGACUCAUUUUGAAAACUAUGAAAAGAAGGAUUAUUAAAUGA